CAGCUCUGACCGUCGGGAAGGCCCUCGAGGCUAACAACCCAGAAAAGCCCAGCUCCAGAGGCCAAAAUGCGGUAAUGCCCCUGAACAGGUCUCCUGGCCAGCAGAGCCGGGGCUCAAGAAAUAAUUUGCUUCUCCCCCAAACAAUCUUAUAAUUACCUCCAUUUCAACUGUUCUCAGAUGACGGUUCUGUAGGUAAGAAAGGGGUCAGGAAUCGUGCCUAUACCACCCUCCCUCCAACAAAAUGCAAGGUCUGAACAAUAUAACUUUUUGGCUUUGAAAUAGAAAUAUCUGCGUGGAGUUCCCUGGUGGCCAUGGGGGCUAAGGACCUGGUAUCACUGCAGCAGCUGGGGUCAAUGCUGUGGCGCGGGUUUAAUCCUUGACCCAGGAACUUCCAUAUGCUGCAGGAGCAGCCGAAAGAAAUAAAUAUCUACGUCUGAAGCCAAAUAAGUCUUAGCUUUGGUUCCUUCUCCCUCUCUUGUUUACUCUCCUUGUGGCCAGAGGGGAGUCUUGUUCCAACACAAUUUGUUCCUUUUCUUUGCUUUUUCAUUGUUUUGGCGUAAAAUCUGCACUGAACAGGGAGCUUAUCUGCCCCGUGUUUCCAUUUUCUCACCUGUAAAACCAGGACAGGACCAGUUGGCCUCGAGGGCCCUUUCCAGCUCCCCCGACACCCCACCCCACCCCCGUCCCGCCUCAAGCACCAGAAGCCGUCAGCGUGCGGAUGGGCAGGCACAGGUCCCACCAGCAACUCGAAGUCUCAGCAGUGGGUUUAGCUAAGACUUAGCACUUUGCACAUGCUUUCCUGUCACUCCCAAGCCUCUUGGAAGAAAGGCCGUUAUUACAGGACAGGCGUUUCCAGUUAGGCUCCAGAUUCAGAAUGGAGCCAACAGCGCCAGCAGACCCCACGGAGACAUGGAGCACCCCAGGCACAAGCAGGGACUCAGGGGGAGCCACCUUCCUGCUGUGUGGCCUUGGGGCAGUGGCCCAACCUCUCUGAACUCAGUUUCCCCAUUCUCUGAAACGCGGCCAACAAUAUUUCCUACUUCUCACCAGGCUGUCCGGAUAAAAAGGAUACGCAUCUAAGGCACCCAGCCCACACCAAGGCCUCUGUAAUAAUCAGAAAUUCCUCUUAUUUACAAAUAAGCCAGAACAACAAUUCAUACACGAGUGUGCCAGUGCUCUGAGGUGAGGUUCCCACUUCUAGGAGCAAUACAGUUACGUUCUGAAAGUACCGCACCAUAGCCCUACCUGAGACUUCAAUGUAACGCCCAAGCCAUGAAAACUCAACCCCCAUCGGCGACCUGGGGCGGCCAAAUGCCCACAUUCAGAAGCCCAGAGGGUACAGCCGCUGACAGUCCUGGACAGAAGAAGAUGCAGUUUUUCAAACUAGCCAUAAUUGUAAAUUUUGAAAAUUCAAAGAAACAUAAUUGCCACAUAUAAUCACAAUUAUGCCAUUAUAAAUAAUCACCCCUCGCAACCCUCCUCCUGCCCCCAAGACACGCCUUUCACAGAAACUUAAUAUGUGGCGCGCGUCUGCCAGGAGGCUGACAUCUCAGCUUCAGCAAGGCCACCUCGCGUCUCACGCUGUUCUCAGCAAUCCAUAGAGACCAGGAAAAAAAUGUCAUUUUCAGGAAAGGAAUUGAUCGUUUCUCUCACAUUUCCAUUUGUGUAAGAUCACGCUGUGGCCUCAUUCUGCACUUUCUGCUACUCUGGUCUCAGGAGACGAGGAAAGCUGAGGACAGCCUGGGCGGUCCCCGGUCGGGGGCCUCGGGUUGAGGUUCAAGUCUCAGGGCUCCGGAGGCCCCUGGGAGCCUCAGCCAAGCUUCUGGGAAGGAAUCAAACGGUGGGUGCUGCCACCGAGCAGCCCACAGACGUGGACGGGUGGGUCGGGGAGCCCUUUGGAGGUCUGGACCUGCACCGUGAGCACGGACCUGUCCCCAGGUGUCCACCACCCCAAGGGGACAACCUCCAGCUCUCUGCUCCCCCCCCCCAUUCUUUGAUUCCUCCUCGCUUUCCCAUCCUCCCCUCUGUCUCUCUCCUCUCCUCAUUUCUUUGGUUUUGCCUUUCGCUCGCCCCUUCCCUCCUUCGCUGGCUCGUCCCCCCAGCCUUUCCCAUUAAUUCUCUCUCUCUCUCUUCUUGGCUCUAUCCCCCCUCUCUCUGUCUCUGUCUCUCCCUAAGAUAAGGACACCACAAAGAAAAGGGCCCCCCCCCCGUCUCCGCUUCUCAGCCCCCACCCCGGCUUUACUCCAGUUGUCCGGGCACACGGGGACAAUCCAGCUCAACGUCUGCAACCUGCGCGUGAUUCUCCACCUCUUCUCCAUUCACAAAUCCGGUGACUUGGGAGGUCUUCCUGCCCACAGGCUAACUCCUCUUCUCCAUGGCCUGCCUGCCCCUCGGGAGCUGCCUGGGGAGGCCCAGGGCCUGGGGACAGGGAGCCAGAGGUGAUGGGUUUGGGGGCAUCCCUGCUGGUUGGCCGGCCCCCUCCUUCUCCUCCCAGCCGCCUGGCCUCUGAGCUGCUACCCUAAACUGACUCACUCAGAUGGAGAUUGGGGGGUGGGGGCAGGAGGAGGAGGAGUUGGGGGUGGGGGAAGCCGCCCUGGUCGGCUCUGCACAGUUUGCCCAGAUGCUCUCUGCAGUGGCAACGAGCUAAUUACAGAAAGCGGCUGCGGGCUGCCGGGCGCCCCAGACUGCCCACUUUCACUGCGGUCCUGCAGCCCUGGCUCCAAGUUGACACAACUUUUCCAGGAGUAUCUGGAAGGCCUGAAUAGAAGCCUUGAGGGUCUGAGAGCUGGCGGUGCACAGAAGAGCUUCCCCUGACUCCCUUGUCCUCCUAGGGAACAGCCUGGAUAGGGGUGCGCUUUGGCGGGCGGAGCGCACAGCAUCGUCUGGCUUGGCCGAGACAGGACUUUGAAGGAGAUCUCCUAGCUCCCUGCAAAUAUUGGUGUGGGGGUGGGGGCUCAGAACCUGGGCACGGAGAGGGGGUCAGCUGGGGGUUCUGAAUGGCAGGAGGAGCUGCGCCAGAGGGCUGGGCGCACGGGGCGCUGGUGUGCGAGCAACGCCGGGCGCUGUCUCCACCUCUUCUGGCAAGUUGGACCUAUGAGUGCGCAGCUCGACUUACAACUCUCAACAGCCCAGGAGGGUGAGCGCGUGCGAGCGCCGAGGGGGGCGCCGGACCCUUGCAACUUCUUCGCAGAACCCCAGCCGGACCGCGGGCAGACGCCGCCUGAGAGCCCCGCGCCCGCGCCUCCUGUCCGCGCAGCGCGGAGGCGCCUUGGGGACCGUCCCGCCGCCCCGCCGGGAUGCCCGCGGCCAUGCUCCCCUACGCUUGCGUCCUGGUGCUUUUGGGAGCCCACACCGCAGAGGCGGCCGACACGGCAGGGGUUGGCCACCUGCGCUGGGAACCACGCUGCCAGCAGCCCCUGCUCAACAGAGCGCCCGUCACGACAUUGCUGCCCCCACGCCUGGACGGGCCCUGGAUCUCCACUGGCUGCGAGGUGCGCCCGGGCCCCGAGUUCCUGACGCGCUCCUACACCUUCUUCCCCAACCGCCUCUUCCGCGCCUACCAGUUCUACUACCGCGACGCCGCCUGCCGGGAGCCGGCCCACUCGCUGCUCAUCAAGGGCAAGGUGCGCCUGCGCCGCGCCUCCUGGGUCACCCGGGGCGCCACCGAGGCCGACUACCACCUGCACAAGGUGGGCGUCGUCUUCCACAGCCGCCGCGCCCUGCUCGACGUGGCCGCGCGCCUGGACCAGAGCCGGGCCGGCCGGGCCUGCGCGCGCCGGCUGCCCCCCGCCCGGGCCUGGCUGCCCGGGGCCCUGUACGAGCUGCUGAGCGCCCGGGCUGAGCGGGACUGCGCGGCCGCCCUGGGCUUCACCAUGCACGAGCUCAGCCUGGUCCGCGUGCAGCGCCGCCUGCAGCCCAAGCCCCAGGCCGCGCCGCGCCUGGUGGAGGAGCUCUACCUGGGCGACAUCCACACCGACUGGGCCGAGAGGCGCCACUACCGGCCCACCGGCUACCAGCGCCCGCUGCAGAGCGCCCUGCACCACGCUCGGCCCUGCCCGGCCUGCAGCCUCAUCGCCCGCUCCGACGAGCACCACCCGCCCGUGCUGCCCCCCCAGGUGGCCCUGCCCCUGCGCCUGGGGGGCCGGUGGGUCAGCCCCGGGUGCGAGGUGCGCCCCGCCGUGCUCUUCCUCACCAGGCUCUUCACCUUCCACGGGCACAACCGCUCCUGGGAAGGGUAUUACCACCACUUCUCUGACCCCACCUGCCAGCAGCCCACCUUCACCGUCUACGCCGCCGGCCGCUACACCAAGGGCACGCCGUCGGCCAAGGUUCGGGGCGGCACCGAGCUGGUGUUCCAGGUCACCCGCGCCCGUGUGACCCCUAGGGACCAGGUCACCACGGCCAUGCUCAACUUCUCUGAGCCGAGCAGCUGCGGGGGCCCAGGGCUCUGGUCCCUGGGAGCAGAGCGGGAUGUCACGGCCACCAACGGGUGCCUGCCGCUGGGCAUCAGGCUCCCCCACGUGGAGUACGAGCUCUUCAAGAUGGAGCGAGACCCCCUUGGGCGGAACCUGCUCUUCAUCGGGCAGAGGCCCAGCGACGGGUCAAGUCCAGACACCCCCGAGAAGCGGCCCACGUCCUACCAAGCGCCCCUGGUGCCCUGUGACGGGGUGGCCUGGGGCCUCUCCAGGGCCCCUCAGCACCAGCCUCUGCCACACAAGCCUGUCCGUGCCAAGGGGCCAUGUCCCCAAGAGGCCCCUCUCUGCCCUCUGCUCCUGGCUCUAGGGCUGGCCAUCCUCCAGUGGCUCUGAAACUGGCCUUUGAUUCCUGGACGGCGCCUUGGGACCCUGCCCACCCCAUGGACUCCCCCCGGCACGGCCUCCUCCACCCAGGCCUCUGUCCUGGCCGGUUCCACAGCCCGGCUGUGCCCGCUCGGCCCGGGUCCCCGUGGCUUGGCACCCUCCAGAUCCACACCAAGGCCAGCAAAUUCGCAUCAUGACCGUGAACUUGGGCAUCGCAGCAGCGUCCAAGGUUCUGAGUUUCCUGAUGCUCGCCCCUCUUUUCCCCGGGUCGUCUGAGCAUCAGUGCUGGGGAAGAGACCACACAGCCUCCCCGCCUGGCUGCGCCCCAGUUCUCUUCCUACGCUCUUGGGGUUCAGCGACAUGGGAACGCGGGUCUGCACAGGCAUAUGCUGCCACGGCUCCCCCGAGUCUGGGGGUUGUUGUUUAAAGAUUAUUAAUUCGAAUUUAGCAAUACGAGCUCAAAGCAGAGCCAUGAAUUAAAGAUGCUGCUUCGGGCUUUCUGCGCGCCUCAGCUCUCUGGAAGGGGCUCGGCUCUUUGGGGGCAGCUCGGCUUUCUUGAGUUGUGACUGCCGGCGUGUGUCUGCGCCUGCCUGCGCUUCUGCAAGUUGGGCCUCAAGCUGUCAACUCCUCGUGCGGGUAAAUCCAGCCCUUUGGGGCCCGCACGCGCAUAAAGGCGGCCCCACCCGCGCCGAGGAGCUCGGCCUCCCUGGCCCACACCAAACACCAGUGCGCGGGGCUGGGGACACGUCUGUGGGGGAAAGCGGCAUUUCCAGCCUUGGACGGUAAUUCACACUAAGGACGGCGUGAUACUAACGUGCUCUGUAAUUAGCCCUACACGGGUGCCCUGGCUUUUCAAUACUCCCAGUACUUGGCUGACAAGGAGGAAGAGGAACCGCUGGUGCAUCUUUGGGACCAUCGUCCAGGGAGGUCAGGUCACUGGCUACACCGGACGUCUGGCGGAGGAGACGGCCUCGCCUGGCCCGGCCUGCUGGCCACCAUGCCGACGUGCUGAGGUCUCCGCGCAGAGGGGCUCAGGUGGGCACAGGCGGUGCCUCCCCAGGGAACCCUGCCGGUGUUCCCAGGGCCGUGUCUGUGCGCUGUGAAAUUAACUGGCACCCUGGUGGGCUCACAGGUUUCCGGGCCACGGUGCCGAUGAUUCAAACUGCCUCCCCCACCGCGCCCUCCUCCGCCCGAGUCCUGUCUCUGCCUCUUCUCACAGAUCUUGACCCACAACUGUCUGGGAAGCUAAUGAUGCUUUUUCAGAGGGAAGUCCUUGUCCUCCCUUAGACUGUGUGGGGUUCGAUCCGCCCGCUGAAAUUGCCCGAGCUUAUCUUCCCAUUCUUAAAAACAAAAAAAUCACCAAGUUACUAUUCUCUGUAGGUCUCAGAGAGCUAUGAGUGUUCCUGGCAUAUUUACCAAAGUACAAGAAAUAAUUAGAUUAUUUACGGGCUGCGACUGCAAGGAGGGGGGGGCGGGGGGGCGUGUUCCCGGUGGGGAUGAACGAGGGUGGGUGGCGAGAAGGCGUCCAUGGCUGAGCAAGUCUUGUAUCUGAGGCUCGAGGCAACCAUACCACCGUUUAUCAUCAAAUUUGAAUCUUUUAAUAAAAUUAAACAGCCUGAGAAACGUUCCCGCUGGUUAUUAAAGUCAACCGAGGGGAUUAUGGUUCUAAAGAAAGGAACUGAAGUGUCUUGCAGAGAAUGUGUGAGGGAGAGCAGACCGGUGGAGGUAAAGCCCGCUGUCUCUGCGACACACCUGCAGCUCAGCUGAAGAGUCUCUGGGGGCGUCAGGUGCACAGGGGGUGAGAUCCCUGCCCCCGGUCACGCGUCCAUCAGGUCCAGCCCCCUCCUUGCCCCGGCUGCACUGACCUGCCUUCCUUUGCUUGAUCACACCAAGCUCUCUCCUGCCUCAGGACGUUUGCACAUGCCAUUGCUGCUGCCCAACCCCACUUCCCCCAGAUCUCCAGAGGCCUGGCUCUUUCUUUCCAUUCAAGCCUCAGACCCAGUGUCACCUCCUCAAGGAGCCCCACCAUCUGCACCCCCCCUCCUGUCUCUCCA